AUGCAAACACCAUACGAAUCCUCCAACUCCCCUGGCCGCUUGGUGCCUCAGAAGUCCGCGCUCGUUAAUCUGGUGGUGUUUGUCUCUGUUUUGGUUAACUCAAUGACCUUGGGCUAUGAUGGGAACAUGAUGAACGGAUUGAUGAUUUUACCAUCCUUUUCUGAUUACAUGCAUUUAAGUACGGCGACCAUGGCGGCAAGCUCGACUAUCAUCUGGGUUGGUAGUGCAGCUGUUUCACCAUUCGGAGGUAUUCUACUUGACAAAUUCGGCCGGAAGAAUGGUAUCCUACUAGCUGCUGUUAUCUCACUUACCGGAAUUGCCUUGCAGAGCGCGGCUCAGAACAUUGCCAUGUUCAUCGUCGGCCGAUUCAUUCUCGGGUGCGGAGUAGGACUUAGCUCGAUUGCUUGUCCGACAUAUGCGUCUGAAGUUGCCCCAACCAAGUACCGUCCGCUCAUGCUAGGAUUCUAUUACGAUAUCUGGUAUUUCGGAGGUAUGGUUGCAGCUAUCAUUACUUACGGAACGUCUCAGAUUGAUAGCACUUGGUCCUGGCGAUUGCCUUCCCUCUUUCAAGUGAUUCCAAGUUUUCUAUGCUUGGCAAUGCUGCCUCUCAUCCCCGAGAGUCCGCGAUGGCUCAUUGCACAAGGCGAGCACGAAAAAGCACUUCAUGUGCUGGCUGCCACCAUGGCAAACGGCGAUAUCACCGACGAUGACGUACUGGGUACCUACGACCAGAUUUGUUCUACUAUUGCUUAUGAGAAGGAGAACCCUGCCUCUCAAAACUGGCUUGAAGGUAUCAAAUUACCAUCGAACAGGAAGCGAGUUAUGUUAGCUGUAUCAGUUGCUAUUAUCGGAAACCUAAGUGGCAGCGCUAUAGCCUCCUACUGGCUGGGAACCAUGCUUAGCCAAGCUGGUGUAACUGACACAUAUAGUCAAUUACAGAUCAACAUCGCCCUCAAUGUGUGGUGUUUCGCUUGUGCAGUGGCAGGAACACUACUUGCGGAUAAAAUCGGACGCAAGCCUCUUGGUAUUGGAAGUUUAGUUUUUGCUCUGAUUUUCCUAUAUCUGGUCGGAAUCUUUACUAAGAUGUAUGGUUCUUCAACUGACACGAGCGCUGUUUAUGGAACGGUUGCCUGCAUAUUCUUUUUUCAAGGCGGCUAUAGUUUUGGCUGGACAACGCUCCUUGUCAUGUAUCCUACAGAAGUCCUGAACUUUUCUCUCCGAGCAAAUGGCAUGAGUAUCUAUACAUUCACAUCCAACUCAGCAAGUGUUUUUGCAACAUUUAUUAUGCCCUUCGCACUUGAAAGUAUCGGGUGGAAGAUGUAUAUCAUAAACGCCUCGUGGAAUAUUUUGGAGGUUCUCUUUGUUGCUUUCUUUUGGGUCGAAACCAGAAGGAGAUCUCUUGAGGAAAUUGAUGCGCUGUUUGGUUCUAGCAGCUACCUAAAUAUUGAGGUCACCAUCGAGGGUCAUGAAUUGAAGUGCCCGCGAACUAGUACGCAUCCUGAUGAGACAGAGUCUAAGAGAUAG